GGCUGGAACUGGCGAGGGAGGGGUCUGCGGACCUUCGGCGGCGGGGCUGGAAAUGCGGCGAAGGGCCUCGAGGUAGCCGGAGCGGUCUCAGGCGGAGCGAGCCGGCCUGCAGGUUCCCCCGUCAGGGCUAGGAGGAGCCCGCGAGUUACCUAGGGGUCUGUGGGGCUGCCCCGUGGCCGUUGAAGAUGCCGUACCUUGGCUCCGAGGACGUGGUGAAGGAGCUGAAGAAAGCUCUGUGUAACCCUCACGUUCAGGCGGAUAGGCUGCGCUACCGGAAUGUCAUCCAGCGAGUGAUUAGGCACAUGACUCAGGGCUUGGACAUGUCUGGUGUUUUCAUGGAAAUGGUGAAGGCCAGUGCCACCGUAGAUAUUGUUCAGAAGAAGUUGGUUUAUCUGUACAUGUGUACAUACGCCCCCCUGAAACCAGAUCUGGCUCUCUUGGCCAUUAAUACGUUGUGCAAAGACUGUUCGGAUCCCAAUCCAAUGGUUCGAGGGCUGGCGUUACGGAGCAUGUGUAGCCUCAGGAUGCCUGGUGUGCAGGAAUAUAUCCAACAGCCUAUUCUCAACGGUCUGCGAGAUAAAGCUUCAUAUGUCAGAAGGGUGGCAGUCCUUGGUUGUGCCAAGAUGCAUAAUCUUCAUGGAGACUCUGAAGUGGACGGUGCUCUGGUAAAUGAAUUAUACAGUUUGCUGCGUGACCAGGAUCCAAUUGUGGUUGUGAACUGCCUGAGGUCUCUAGAGGAAAUUCUGAAACAGGAAGGAGGUGUUGUCAUCAACAAGCCCAUCGCCCACCAUCUCUUAAAUCGAAUGCCAAAACUGGACCAAUGGGGCCAGGCUGAAGUGUUGAACUUUCUGCUACGCUAUCAACCGCGCAGUGAGGAGGAGCUGUUUGACAUUCUCAAUCUGUUAGAUAGCUUUCUCAAGAGCAGUAGCCCCGGUGUGGUGAUGGGAGCCACGAAACUCUUUCUGAUCUUGGCAAAAAAAUUCCCCCAUGUACAGACUGAUGUGCUUGUGCAAGUCAAGGGCCCUUUGCUGGCUGCAUGUUCUUCAGAGAGCCGCGAGCUCUGUUUUGCUGCCCUGUGUCAUGUGCGUCAGAUCUUGCAUAGUUUGCCCGGUCACUUUAGCAGCCACUACAAAAAGUUUUUUUGCUCCUACUCGGAGCCCCACUACAUCAAGCUGCAGAAGGUGGAGGUGCUCUGCGAGCUGGUGAACGAUGAGAACGUACAGCAGGUGCUAGAGGAGCUCCGAGGGUACUGCACUGACGUGUCAGCCGACUUUGCCCAGGCUGCCAUCUUUGCCAUAGGUGGUAUUGCCAGGACCUACACAGAUCAGUGCGUGCAGAUUCUAACAGAGUUGCUGGGGCUUCGGCAAGAGCACAUUACCACAGUGGUGGUGCAAACUUUCCGAGACCUGGUUUGGUUGUGUCCUCAGUGUACGGAAGCUGUGUGUCAGGCCCUGCCCGGCUGUGAGGAGAACAUUCAAGACAGCGAGGGGAAACAGGCGCUUAUUUGGCUCCUUGGCGUCCAUGGGGAAAGAAUCCCCAAUGCUCCCUAUGUGUUGGAAGACUUUGUGGAGAAUGUGAAAUCAGAGACCUUUCCAGCUGUGAAGAUGGAGCUACUCACUGCACUGCUGCGCCUUUUCCUCUCCCGACCUGCCGAGUGCCAGGACAUGCUGGGGCGUCUGUUACAUUACUGCAUAGAGGAAGAAAAGGAUAUGGCAGUACGAGACCGGGGUCUCUUUUAUUAUCGACUUCUCUUAGCUGGCAUUGAUGAAGUGAAGCGGAUCCUGUGUAGCCCUAAAUCUGACCCUUCUCUCGGACUUUUGGAGGAUCAGGCAGAAAGACCUGUGAAUAGCUGGGCCUCAGACUUCAACACUCUGGUUCCAGUCUAUGGCAAAGCCCGCUGGGCAACCAUCUCUAAAUACCAGGGGGCGGAGCGUCGGGGCCCAGAGCUUCCUAACACUGCAUCCUUUGCCACUCCAGGUCCCCUGAUUCCUGAAGAGAGCAAGGAGACAGUACAGGAACUUCCUGAUUCUGAAGUCCUCAUGCUAGUCCCCAGUUGCCAGCUGACUGCUGAGGAUUUUGAGAAAACUUGGUUUAGCCUGAAAGUUGCUCAUCAGCAAGUGUUCCCUUGGCGGGGAGCCAUCCAUCCUGACACCCUCCAGAUGGCCCUGCAGGUAGUGAACAUCCAGACCAUCGCAAUGAGUAGGGCGGGGGCUCACCCGUGGAAAGCCUACCUCUGUGCCCAGGAUGACACUGGCUGCCUGUUCCUAACGGAACUGCUCUUGGAGCCCGAGAGCUCAGAAAUGCAGAUCUCUGUGAAACAAAAUGAGCCGAGGACUGAGACCCUGAACAGUUUUAUUUCUGUAUUAGAAACUGUGCUUGGAACAAUUGGAGACAUAAAAUCAUAACAGAUUCUUGCUGCCUGUUCUAAGUGAGAUGAGUAGCUAUCAGAGUUCCUAGUUUUUCUUACUAGAAUUUGCUUGUAAGUCCAGAUACUAUCAAAUGCAAAGGAGAAUGGACAGUCUCAGAAUCAGGAUUCUUAUGUUUUUGUCCAAAGAUUAUUGACUUAUUCCUGUCAUACCUAUAGAUGAAUGACCCCAUUUUCCAGGUGAUGUUGAAAAGGUUAAUGUUGGAAAGGGGUGGGGAGGGGGUGAGGGAGGAUAGGAAUUGGAUUCUUUUCUAAUCCGUUUUAGGGAUUGUUUUACUAAUUAAAGAUGCCUGAUGUUUAUGGAAACUGAUGAAGUCAUCAUUUGUGGGGGUCAUCUUUUC